AUGCUAUAUUUAAGCUUUCGUAGAGAAGUGACUGCCAAAUUCUAUACAUCAACACUCCAGAGACCUGCCCUGGGCACGGCAACCCUCAACUACACUGGUACCAGCCACUCAUUCUUCAUUCUUCUGGGCAUCCCUGGCGUGGAAGACCAACAUGGAUGGAUCUCCCUUCCCUUUUUUAUUUCCUACCUUGUUGGCCUCCUUGGGAAUUGCCUCCUCAUCUUCGUUAUCACCAUUGACCACAGCCUCCAUGAACCCAUGCACCUCUUCCUUUGCAUGCUGGCUUGGCUGACCUCAUCCUGUCUACUACUAUUGUGCCAUAUUCUGGUUUCAUCCUGUCUACUACCACUGGUCACAUUCUGGUUUCAUGCAGGAGCAAUCUCCCUUGAUGGCUGGGUCACCCAAAUCUUCUUCAUCCACACUACCUUCAUUCUUGAAUCAGGGAUUCUGUUGGCAGUGGCAUUUGACUGCUAUGUGGCCAUCUGUGAUCCACUGCACUAUAGCACAGUGCUCAAUUGUGCAGUGAUUAUAAGGAUUGGUGUGGCUGUGGUCCUGAGAAGCUUCUGUGUGAUUCUCCCAGAUGUGUUCCUGGUGAAACAACUGCCUUUCUGCCAUAGCAAUCUGCUGCCACAUACCUACUGUGAGCACAUGGCUGUUGCCAAGGUUGCUUGUGCUGAUAUUCUUGUCAGUGUCUGGUAUGGCUUGUCUGUGCUUCUCCCAGCUGUAGUGCUAGAUGCCUUGCCCAUCUUAGUUUCCUACAGCCUCAUCCUCUAUGCAGUCUUCCACCUCUCCUCCAGAGGAGCUCAGCAAAAGGCUCUGGGCACAUGUGGCUCCCACCUUGGGGUCAUUUCUAUGUUUUACUUGCCUGGCAUUUUUACCAUAAUUACCCAGAGGUUUGGGCAUCAUGUUCCUCUCCAUACCCACAUUCUGCUGGCCAAUGUCUGCAUGUUCGCCCCUCCCAUGCUGAAUCCCAUCAUUUAUGGGAUCAAAACCAGACAGAUUUGA